UAAACAGUUAUAGUUAACAGUUAUAGUCAACACCAAUUAUUGUUUUCAGCAACAACAAAAAUAGAACUCAAAACAAAAAUAUUUAUUAUGAACAGUACAGGUAGCAAGCUCACUAGGUGAUCUGUGGUGGUCAAGAUUUUUGGGGUUUUGAGUUACUUUGCAGAAAAAACCAAAACUGCUGCUCUUAUUGGGAUUAAUAAGCCAGUAUAAAUCUGUGUAAGUUCCAAUCCAACAUUAAACUUAGCCAUGUCAGCAUGAAAGAAGCCCACGUAUUUAUUAGUUAAAAAAGAAAACAUGUAUCAUGUUUCUAUCGCAUUAUAGAAACACGAGUGGAAGUUUGGGAGAACGAGAAAUCCUGUGGAACAUGAGCCAAUGGGUGAGGGUUUCUACAGCUUUUUUAAGAUCUCCUGAACUUUUACAAGUGUUUCUGUAACUCGAUAGAAACACAGGAAAUUCCGCAACAAAAAGAAAAGAAAACUAGCCAUAUACUUUGAUCAUCAAAAUGUAAAUUCUCUUUGCUCAUGCCAUCAUUUCGUCAACAGCUCAUGCAAGUUCCAAUUAGUUAACCAAUUAGCAUGUGCAUUUUUUGGGGGCUGUUUUCUAAUUCUUUUAGCCAAUCUUUUCCAGAACACUUUGUAUAUGUUGAGUUGUUAAAGUGUUUGUUUCCAUUGCAAUUACAGGAUGAAUGUGAGUUACCCCAGAUGCAUAUGCUGUCUGUUGCAAUGGAACCCGUGCUUCACAAAAGCUGUCCGCCAAACUGCCAGGAUAUGUUAGCGUGGUUACCAAACCAUGUUGCGUUACAUGUUCUGUCCUUUCUUGAUUCAGUGAGUUUGUGCCGCUGUAGUCAAGUCAAUCAGACAUGGAACAAUCUAGCUAACAGUACUUCCUUGUGGCAGAAUCUCUGCAGACGCCCUAACUGGCAAUUGUCAAGAAUUGGAGAGGAGAAGGAAAGAAAGAAGUACACUUUGGAAGAUGGAACAGUGCAGUGGAAGAGGAUGUUUGCAUCAAGAUUCCUUUUGCAUCAGAACUGGUUGAAAGGAAAAUGUGAUGUGAGAACAUUUGAAGGGCACACGCAAGGUAUCUCAUGUGUUCAGUUUGAUGAUACAAGGAUUGCGAGUGGUUCAUAUGACAAGACUAUACGAGUGUGGGAUAUUAGGAGUGGGGACUGUGAUGCCGUGCUGACUCUAGCUGGCCACUCUGGUACAGUGCGAUGUCUCAAUCUGAACGGCAAUCGACUGGUUAGUGGUUCUGUGGAUCGAUCAAUAAAGGUGUGGGACUUAUCAUUUGAGUCGUAUUGGAGUGGCGCUUCAUGUAAGGUCACCAUGGUGGGCCAUAUGCACACAGUACGCUGUCUCCAGGUUGAUGACAAGAAGGUAGUUAGUGGAUCUUAUGAUAAAACCCUCAAAGUCUGGGACAUCAAAACUGGGAAUUGUCAGCUAACUCUCAGGGGCCAUAAUGCUGCUGUCCUGUGUGUUCAGUUUGAUGAUAGAAAAAUUGUCUCUGGGUCAUAUGACAAGACUAUUAAGGUGUGGAGUCUGACAGAGGGAUCAUGUUUGAUGACACUGACAGGCCAUCAUGACGCUGUCACCUGUUUGAAUUUAACAUUUGAUAGCAGAAAAGUCAUUAGUGGCUCUCUGGAUCAUAAUCUGAAAUUCUGGGAUCUGUUAAAUGGAAAGUGCAUUGGUACAUUAGAUUGGAUCAGAUCUGAGGGUCAUACUGGUGUCAUCAGAUGUCUUCAGACAGACAGCUGGAGGAUAGUGAGUGCUGGAGAUGACAAGACACUCAAGAUGUGGAGCUUGGAAAGUGGGCAGCGUUUGCUGACUCUACGCUGUCACACAGAUGGCGUGACGUGUCUACAGUUUAAUGACUACAGCAUAGUCUCAGGGUCAUAUGACAAAACUGUGAAGUUGUGGGACUUCAGUCCGUCACAUGAAUUUUUGACUCCUGGCUAAGCUAAGCUAUCAACAGGGUGGCAAGCGGAGUCAUUCAUGACUGCUAGCAGUCG